AUGUUCUCAAGUACCCGGCGGGCAGAAGGCCCCUGUGCAACCGAACUGACGCAGGUAUCAUCGCUGCUACCUCCGCGCGGGCCAUACGAGUUCAGCCUCCUGCCAACACUCACUCGACCGUUAGAGGACCUCUCGAAAUGCAUCGAAGGUGCGAGACAGACCUCUGCGACUGCAAAUGGUUACAGCCCCACAGGGCUCGUCCCGCUAGCGGAUUCGAUUCUGGAAAUCUGUCAGGCUGCUUGUACAGCUUAUGGUCUUGUUGACGGUGCUAUUGCUGCAGGUGUGGGUACAGGAAGCAGUGAUAAUAGCCCUACUGCCACAGGAAUAGGAGCAGCAGGACUUACAGGAGACCGCCCCUCCUCUUCCGGCGCAUCGACCUGGCGCUGUGUAAAAACCCCCAUGACGCUGGGAUCGCUUACGCUACAGAAUGAAGAAGAGUCGCUGCUCGCAAGGCAGAUCGUGUACGCCGUGUUGACAAGCUUGAGCGCAUUACUGCGAGAAGUUUAUGUUCGAGAGAAGGACGUUGUUUCAGAGACUGAUGUGGUGGGGGAAGGAGGGGUAGGAGCUGGAGCGGCACUGUAUGGGCGUGAAGGGGCUGGAGCCGUUAGUCAGUGUCUCUCGAGGGUUUUAGCGCUCUUGGGAAAGAUAGUACCUGAGUGA